CCAGAGCAAGGACAGGAUGAAGUCAUCUGGAUGAUAUAGUCACCAACUGUCGUUUUGGUCGGAAACAACAGCAGAACACAGUGCUGGAAAACUAGACCGUUUCGGGGGGUCCACUCUGCCCACUGUAAGAGAGGAGCAGACAGUUUACUUGUUGGGAAUUGAUUUCACAACUGCAGAGCAUAGCGAUAUCAACACGUUGUGACGGAUUAAUCUAUAGUGUGAUUUUGGAAAAUUGGGACUGUUUUUUGUAAAUUUUCUGGUGAAAAUUAACUUUAUAAAGGAUUUUUGUUAAACGGGAUUAAAUAAGGAUUUACAACCCGAGGGCCCUUGAGCGUUGCAUCUGGGAUUUAUUUCUAUGGUGACGGAGGCAGUGGUUCUGUCGGAUACCCAUGAUGCACCGGUACGAUUCCUGAGUCGGCGAUGGGCCCACUAGCUCCACCCAGCCUUGCGGAGAUGAGAGGAAUGGUUGCCCUGUGGUUUCCCGUUUGCCUCUCCCUCCUCAUCCCUCUCCCCGUUUCCACUGCCAGGAUACCCACCGCCCUGCCCACAGACUCUGUGUCCAGUGAGACUGUGUUCCUGGAGGACUAUGUUGUUGCCACGGGUGACACUCUGGACUUGUCCUGUAACCCUGACGGCCCCGCCCAACCUGUCACCUGGUUCAAGGAUGGCAGUGGUGUGUUGCCAAGCAACAGAACACUUCUGGGCCAGAGAGUGUUGCGCAUCAUCAACGUGUCGUACGAGGACUCUGGCAUGUACUCCUGUCGCGUCACCCAUGGCAACACAGUACUCAGCAACUACACCAUUCGAGUGACAGAUUCCCUGUCUUCUGGAGAUGAUGAAGACUAUGACGAGGACUCGGACGAUGCAGGUAAUGAAAACGAACCCCCAACCUGGACACGACCAGACCGCAUGGAGAAGAAACUCCUCGCAAUCCCAGCAGCCAACACUGUCAAGUUCCGCUGCGCUGCCACGGGCAACCCCACGCCCACCAUCCAUUGGCUAAAGAAUGGGAAGGAGUUUAAGGGCGAGCAGAGGAUGGGCGGGAUCAAGCUGAGACACCAGCAGUGGAGUCUUGUGAUGGAGAGUGCGGUUCCUUCAGACCGAGGGAACUACACCUGUGUGGUACAGAACAAGUAUGGGACCCUGACCCACACCUACCAGCUGGACGUGCUUGAGCGCUCUCCUCACAGGCCCAUCCUUCAGGCCGGCCUGCCAGCCAAUCAGACGGUGGCGUUGGGCAGUGAUGUGGAGUUCCAUUGUAAGGUGUACAGUGACGCCCAGCCUCACAUUCAGUGGCUGAAACACAUCGAGGUGAACGGGUCUAGAUACGGCCCAGACGGAGUCCCAUACGUCAACAUACUCAAGACGGCUGGUAUUAACACUACGGAUAAGGAGCUAGAGAUUCUCCUCCUCACCAAUGUGUCUUUUGAGGAUGCAGGAGAGUAUACCUGCCUAGCGGGGAACUCUAUUGGGUACGCUUAUCAUUCUGCCUGGCUCACCGUCCUACCAGCAUUGGACGGAAAUCCCAAGGAGGAUGACUACGCUGACAUCUUGAUAUAUGUGACGGGCUGCGUACUCUUCAUCCUGGCCGUGGUCAUCAUCAUCCUCUGUCGGAUGAGGACGUCUACCCAGAAGACCUUGCCCUCCCCGCCCGUCCAGAAACUGUCCAAGUUCCCCUUAAAGAGACAGCAGGUGUCCUUGGAGUCAAACUCAUCCAUGAAUUCCAACACGCCAUUGGUCAGGAUUGCCCGCCUGUCAUCCAGCGAUGGACCAAUGCUGGCCAACGUCUCUGAGUUGGAGCUACCCUCCGACCCCAAAUGGGAGUUCCCCAGGACCAGGUUAACGUUGGGUAAACCCCUGGGAGAAGGCUGCUUUGGUCAGGUGGUGAUGGCAGAGGCCAUCGGAAUCGACAAGGAAAAACCCAACAAACCUCUCGACGUUGCUGUGAAGAUGCUCAAAGGUUGGUAUGACGCCACAGACAAGGACCUAUCCGACCUGGUCUCAGAGAUGGAGAUGAUGAAGAUGAUUGGAAAACACAAAAACAUCAUCAAUCUGCUGGGGGCCUGCACACAGGAUGGUCCACUGUACGUGCUGGUGGAGUAUGCAUCCAAGGGGAACCUGAGAGAGUACCUGAGAGCCCGUCGACCACCAGGGAUGGACUACUCAUUUGACACCUGUAAGAUACCCGACGAGCAGCUGACCUUCAAAGACCUGGUGUCCUGUGCCUUCCAGGUGGCCCGAGGAAUGGAAUACCUGGCCUCACAGAAGUGUAUACACAGAGACCUGGCUGCCAGGAACGUCCUGGUAACCGAGGACAACGUGAUGAAGAUAGCCGACUUCGGCCUAGCCAGAGACGUGCACAACAUAGACUACUACAAGAAGACCACCAACGGUCGUCUGCCCGUGAAAUGGAUGGCACCAGAGGCUCUGUUCGACCGUGUCUACACCCACCAGAGUGACGUGUGGUCCUAUGGGGUACUGUUGUGGGAGAUUUUUACCCUUGGGGGCUCUCCAUACCCUGGCAUCCCUGUAGAGGAGCUCUUCAAACUACUAAAGGAGGGACACCGUAUGGACAAACCAGCCAACUGCACACAUGAACUAUAUAUGAUCAUGAGGGAGUGUUGGCACGCUGUCCCCUCUCAGAGACCCACCUUCAGGCAGCUGGUGGAGGACCAUGACAGGGUUCUAUCCAUGACCUCCACGGACGAGUAUUUGGACCUGUCUGUUCCAUUUGAACAAUACUCUCCAACCUGCCAGGACUCCAACAGCACCUGUUCCUCAGGAGAUGACUCAGUGUUUGCCCACGACCCCCUCCCAGACGAACUCUGCCUCCCAGACGAACUCUGCCUCCCUAAACUUCCAAAUCUAAUCCAGGGUCACAUCCUUCCGAGGGGUUACACCCUUCCACGGGGUCAUACCAUUCCGAGGGGUCACACCAUUCCGUGCCUACAGGAACUGUAACUCCAGCUCGUAAGACUGGAAGGAGAUGGACAGUAGGAGUUGAAUGCCAUUGGUCAAGGAGGCAGGGUGUCUGUAACGCCAUUGGCUACAGAGGCUGGGAGGGUGAAGGCCAGAAUUUUUUAUUGUAAAUAUAUAAAUUGUAAUAUGUAUCAUAUUGCUGUCAACAGCCAUGUACUUAAAAGAAACAAAAAUACGUUUUCUAAAAUAUUGUUUUAGAAUCAAAGCAUUGCAAUCUAGAAUACACUGUCAUGAUCAUGUAAUCAUUUAAAGUGAUACAAAAGGUUUAUUUGAAUAAUUAACAUGUAUAUUUGUAAAGAUAUUUAUAGACUUAACAUGUGGUUCAUACGUUUGAGAAAUCUAGUUUAGGAUUUUAGUACUUUAAGCAAAUAUUUUUUUGGUAACUUAUUUUACAAGAGAACAACAUUAUUUUCACAACUGGCAGAUUUUAUUUCUCUGUUUUUUUAUCCAUCUUUUUUGUUUACAAAAAAAGAAUGUAUGAAAUAUUUUAAGCAAUUUCUAUGAGCAGAGCAUGACAAGGAAGCAUACAUCUACGGAGUAAAACAUUGAGUGUUACAUUGUCUGCAAAGUUGCCUUUCCAAAAUUAGAGCAACGAUGAACUCUUGCUGGGCAAGAAGAAGCACAGUCCCUGCUUCACUAAACUCACCUGAGAGGGUUUCAGUAACAUUUUAGCUAAAUGUCAAAUUCACCAUACAAAGUUUUAAGUACUAUAACUACUUUUGUUUCACCAUGCUAGUUUUAUAAGUAACACUCUUCAUCCAAUAUGUUAUUUAAGCUCUUAUACUGUAAUCAAGACUAGUAAUAUAUUUUAUUGAGAUUUGUUUUUCACAAUGACCAACUUUUAUAUCAAACUUUGUUCUGUGAUAUUUGAGUUACAUUAUUCUAGAUUGUUACUGAAGCAUUAUAUUAGUGGUGCUAAAACAUUAUUCUAGAGUGUUACUGAAACAUAUUUUAGAACGUUAAUGAAAUGUUCUAGGAUGUUACUUUAAUAUUAUCUAGAGGCUGAAUCAUGUUAUAGAAUGUUACUGAAACAUCUAGAUUCUUGCUGAAAUGGGUUCUAGAAUGUUACUGAAACAUGUUCUGGAGCAUAACUGAAACAUGUUCUAGAGUGUUUCUAUAACAUCUGCCCAAGUCCUCCAGGCUUCCUUGCUGCUCUACAGUGUUAUUAACAUAGAAUAUAAAUAUAGUAUCUAAAUAUAGAAUAUGAAGGCCUGCUUUGUGGCAUUAGAAUCACAAGACAGAUUGUUAACAAUACUCUGAAUCAUGUAUGUAUGUGUUUGUGUGUUAUAAAUGUGCCAACAUAGUGGAAGAUAACAGAUUUUUUAUGAAUGACAAAACGUGCAACAAGAUGGUGAAGUGCAACCCUAAAACUUGGUUAUCAAGAAAGAAAGUGCCAAAUUAGUCUUAAUUACUUUUCUUCUUAAAAGAUCUCCUGAACCAAAUACUGCACUGUGAAUGUAAGCAAAUUUGUGACUGGUUCUAUUAAUAUGCAGUAAGAGCAGGAAACCACAAUCCUCUGCCCUUUAUGCAUUGGUCUUUCCAGUAGACUAUCUGGCUAUCUAAAUGUUUACCAAGUCUAUAAAUACGAACUAAAAGGAUAUAAAUGAUAAUUUGGCAUUUGAGGGUCCUACAUAAUGAUCCAGUGGCUGCUGAUGAGUAGAUUGUUGGAUUCUAUCUGGUCUAUUUGUGCUUCCUCUUUAUACAUGGUACAAUGAAUUGGCCCAUCUUCUAUGAAGUGCCUGGAAUUCAAUGAUAGAUUAAUUAAUUUCAUACAUUUAAUUGCAUUUUAUUGUAUGAAUGAUAAACAAUCAUUUGUUUUUGUGCAAGCAGGUUGUUAUAAUAUGAAUAAGACCUGUAUGUGAGUAAACUAAAGGGCACUUCAUCUGUACUCUAGAUGUACCCAGUGAUACUGAUAUUGCUUUGUCUAUUUAUUCUUCCCGGCGGGGGUAAAUGAGGGCUCUCCCUAUGGUGAGAGGACUAGAGCCGCCACGCUGUUCAUGUUGUAGUUGCUGUGUGGAGCAGACAGACCUAGAUGUACAAUCGUCCUCCCGUCAGACAGUUUUUGUUCUUAUUUCGGUUUGUUUUUGAAGGGCUUCAAAUUCCUGUUUCAAGUUUGUUUCUGAAGUUCCUGUUUCAAGUUUGUUUCUGAGGGGCCGCUAGUUCCUGUUACAGUUUGUUUCUGAAGGGCUGCUAAUUCCUGUUUCAGUUUGUUUUUGAAGGUCCGCUAGUUCAUGUUUCAGUUUGUUUCUGAAGGGCAGUUAGUUCCUGUUUCAGUUUGUCUCUGAAGAGCCAUUAGUUCCUCUUUCAGUUUGUUUCUGAAAGGCAGUUAUUUCCUGUUUCAGUUUGUUUCUGAAAGGCAGUUAUUUCCUGUUUCAGUUUGUUUCUGAAGGGCCGCUAGUUCCUGUUUCAGUUUGUCUCUGAAGGGCCACUUGUUUCUGUUUCAGUUUGUUUGUAAAGGGCCGGUUAUUCCUGUUUAAGUUUAUUGGUCACCUCUGUCUCUAUUUAUUUUAUUGUUUGGUCAUGAAAAGAUAAAUCACCAUGCAAACAUUUUCCUUGCUUCAGAUUUCAGAUGAGGGUGUUUCAGGAUCCAGCAGAAGUCUUGUUGCCUAAAAGAUGCCUGGGACUCUAUCCACCAUAAUUUUUUUAGUUAUCAUGUUGGUAUGUUAUUGAUUACUUCUAAGUUUGACUGGUUAUUGAAUAGUUAUCAGGUUGGUUGGUUUUUGAUUAGUUAUAAGGUUGGUUGGUUUUUGAUUAGUUAUCAGGUUGGCUGGUUAUUCAUUAGUUAUCCAGUUGGCUGAUGACUGAUUAGCUAUCAGAUUGGUUGGUUAUUGAGUAGUUAUCAGAUUGGUUAUUGGCUAGGAUGAAUUUGGUUGGUUAUUGAUUAGUUAUCAGGUUGGUUGGUUUGUUAUUGAUCAGUUAUCAAGUUGAUUAUUGAUUAGUUAUCAGGUCUGUCUCUCUUCUCUGUGUUUUAUGUGUCUAUUUUUAAUUUUGUUAAUAGUGCUGGGCAGUUUGAUUAUAAGUUAAAUUAUAGUUUGAAAUUCACUUCUUAGGUUGUUUAUAAGGUAGAUUUUAUGUAGCUAUGUGACAGUUUUAUAAAAACCUUGGGAAGAAAAGCAUUAAUCAGAUUAUUUGCAUUCCAUUAAGGGUUUCUUGCCAUGUUAAAACAACAGAAUCACUUGGCACUGUAUGUGUGGAAACAUUUUUCAGAGAUUAAUUUAGCACCCCAGAUAAUUUAUUUUCCCUUUUCUAUUUUUGUUUUUAACUAAAAUAUAGUAUGGUGGAACUAACUACUGGGUAAAACGUUUUUAUUUAAUUUUUGUUGUUAUUUCCUAACUUUAAUUUCACUGUUCUAAUCCGUCUCUAACAUUCCACCAAGUUGAACCCCCAACUGGGAGGCACACCGAUGGCAACCCCCCCAGCCCC